GUGCUGGACGAUCAGAUCACCAGCCUUCCAUCACACCCAGCCCACCGACAAAACUGCUUGCUUCAUAGGAACAACCAAUCAUGGAGACCAAGAUGGAAUCUUUCGAGUCAACGUAUAUAGGGUGGCAUGUCGCCUGCCACAGCACUGGCCUCUUCAAUUUAUUCUUCCUGUAUUCCGUGUUCGUCCUUCAUGUUAAUACUAUCGAAUUUUGAGCAAGUCUGAACCAGUACUUUACUAUGCCUUCAUCCGACAUGGCGCAUAGGCCUGAAGUCUUGAACGACUCGAUUUCUUGUCAUCCAGCACUUUCACCAACCACCCUAUCCUUCGAAGGCAGCACUCCUUGGGGCAGUCCACCGUCACCGUCGAACCCCAUCUCUUCCGUUCCCCAAGUCUACAAGAACCACGUUCACAGCAGUACAUCAUACAUGUACGAGUCGGACGUCGAUACAAGAUCACGCGCUUCGAGUGUCUGUAGCACCACUUCCACAAGUUCGAUCGGACGUCCACUCCCGCCUCUCCCGACAGAUGAGCCGGAGAUGCCCCCUUCAAGUCUAUCACCAAAAACUUCCAUCUGGUGGAUGAAACCUGCCUCAUCACCGCCAGAAUCGCAUAGUAACUCGUCUUCGUCGCCCACAAGGCGCAACCAUGCUUUACGACGGAAAAUUUCCCCUCGUGGAGAAACGCUUCGAGCCUUGCGAGCCAAAGAGUCAGACGACUGCCUCCAGCGCGCUUACGAGAAACAGACUCUAGCAUAUCUGAAUGAGUGGAUCGCCGGGAGUGAUCAAUAUCGUCACUCCGAGAGACGACCUGGUUUAGUGCCGCUUUGUUGAUCACCAGCGUGGAAUUUCAUUUCUAAGGAUGGAUUUGGGCGCCAUGGACUUUUGCGGACUAAGGUGAUGGAGUAUUUCGCUACUUGUGACCUGCGCUAAUAUCAUACGCUGGGUUGUUCACAGGGAGCUUUUUGGAUUUCUAGAUGCUUAUGGACGAAUGAGGAUC